AUGAUACCAGCAAUCAGGCCUCGAAAGGGACACAAGAAAUCCCGUGCGGGGUGCUUCAAUUGCAAGACUCGGAAGAUUAAGUGUCAGGAAAAUCGCCCAUCUUGUCAUAAUUGCAUCCGAAGAAUUGAAAAAUGUGUCUAUCCAAAUGCAAAGACAUCCUCAGCUUUGGCUGCUGCUAGAACGCAUUCUCCGGACCUGGUUCCGCGAAUGAGCAUGCAAUCUACACCAACGCUGUUCACCAUGACUGACCUGCGACUGUUCCAGCACUAUCUGCAAGAGGCAUAUCCCCAUUUGCCAGUGAGUAACGAUAAAACCUGGCUAUCACAAGUGCCUUUAAUCGCUCAUCAACAUGAGUAUCUUAUGCAUGCCAUCCUCGGAAUGGCAGCGUCUCACCUUGGGAUCUUGACUGGGGAAAAUCUCCAGUCAGCUGCGAUUCACCACCGCUUGCUAGCUAUACAAGGAUUCAACAACGCAAUAUCAAAGAAAAUUCAAACUGCCAGUGCAGGUGAUGCAGCUCUCGGAUGCGCUUAUCUUCUAACAUUCCAGUCGACAUAUAUGAACGAUGGCGUCUCGGAGUUCUUUCAAUUUGUUCGGGGUUGUCAUCUGCUGAGUGACCAGAUCCUAGCGGAAAAGCUCUCUACUGCAUUUUUGGUUGGAGGGAGAGAUCAUUUUGUGGAGAUGGAAUCAAGAUUGAUGGACCUUCCUGGCAUUAAUAUCGACAUUCUUGCAGGAGCGGCAAUGUCCUUGGAAGAAAUUCGUCAAGUUCUCGACCAGCCAUGUCACUUUGCUUUUCACGGGUUGCUUGUACACUGUAUCGAUGAAGCUAAAGUUUCUUCUUCUGACGUGUCAGGCUAUUUUGCCUUUAUCGCCAUUUAUCAGAAAGCUCCCAAAAUGGACGCCAACCAAUUCAGAGACCUCCUCGAUACCUCAAAUCAUAUCUGCAGAGUCUUGAUUGCCCAUUUCUUUACAAUCCAGACUAUAUUACUGCCUAUAUUGACUCGAGAGUGGUCUAAUCGCAAAAGAAGCACACCGGCACAGAUAAAUCUCAACUGGAUUUUCUCUAUAUCCGAUUCUCUCCCAAAAGAUCUCCAGAAAUAUUGUGUCUGGCCAAGAGCGAUUGCAGAAGCUGUGCAGGAAGAACUUUCCCAUACGCAGCCACCAGUACCAAAGGUCUCUAUCUUACGGAAACGAGAAGGUCAUAGCCAAGAUAUCAUACUUGGUAGAUUGGACCAACCCCACGGCAAUUCUCGAAUUGUUAUACCAUGA